CGUGUUCUCUGAGUGCCAAAUUACUAAAUUAACCACGAGGGAAGGUAUAUUAUCUCUCAUAAAGACGCGAUUUAAAGGAACAGCCUACAAAGAAGCAGAACUGAAGUAUUAAUGGCAGCCAAUCAGCCUCCUGCUAAAGUACUAAAAUUAGAUGGCAGURACUCUGAUUCAGAUGAGGAGAUUUCAAAAUCAAUUGAUUUCAAGGAACCGUGGCACUUCAGUGAUGUGGUACUUGUAGUCAAGGACCGCAAAUUCCAUGUCCAUAAGAGCACUCUUUCUAUGAAUUCCCCUGURUUUGAGAAGAUGUUUACGUCAGGGUUCAGAGAAAGAAAAGCUAAAGAAAUCCCUCUUCCUGGAAAAGAUCCUGAUGAAAUUGAAGUACUUCUAAACCUGUUGUACCAAGUUAAUACAGACCAGGAAGUGCACUGGGAUAACUAUAAGUUUCUUCUUAAACUUGCUGAUGAGUACCAAAUAGAGAAGAUCAAAAGCCUGUGUAGUUCUUACAUGACUAAUGUCGUUGAUCGUUAUAACUGUCUGGAGUUCUGUAAAGCUGCAGACCUCUAUGGUUUGACCGAAGUCUUAGAAGAUUCCACAGACUCAGCUAAAUACCUGAAUCUACAAUCAAUUCAAGGCAGCUUGCAUUACAAAGAUAUCAGUGAUAAAGUCAAAGUUCAACUUCUAAGCUCAAGAAUUGAGACUUUGGAGUCAUUGUUAAACCAGUAUUMCGCUACUUGUAAAAGUUUGGUGACCAGCUCUUGUGUUGCUGCGGCAAAGAAAUUACAUGAAUCAGAGUGUUGCAACUACAAAAAGCACUCAAAUGACCAAGACAGCCCUAUUGCUCAAAAGAAGAAGUUUGACCCAAGCUGUCAUUGUUGUAAUCGGAAGCUGGAAAACAAAUGGCCAGAGAAAGAUGCAUUGUCCAAGUGUAUUAAGAACCCCAUUAAGAAAUUGCGCACACUUAAYGCAUCCUAUGAUAUGAACAAUAUUUUUGUAAAACCAGAAAAUCCUGUGAUCGCAGUYGCUGAUUCAGAAUAAUUUGUACAGAUUUUAUUAUUUUAUGUUCCAAUAAACAUAUUUUUUAUUUACAAUGAGA